AUGAAAAGUACAUCUGAAAAGGGAAUUUUUGCCUCAGAAAUGGGACGUAAAAAAAUCGAGAUAAAAUUUAUCAAAGAUGAAAAGAAUCGACUGGUCACAUUUGCAAAGCGUAAAAGUGGUCUAUUUAAAAAGGCGUACGAGUUAAGCGUAUUGUGUGAAUGCGAAAUUGCUUUACUAGUAUUCACACGCAGCAAUCGCCUCUAUCAGUAUGCUAGUGUUACGGUAGAGCAUGCUUUACAAAGAUUAAAGAAACACCAUCGUGCAAAUGAAUUCCUUAGUAAUUCUGAUAUGGAAAGGUUAACAAAUCGCCGCAUGAGAUCGAAUUGUAAUGGCGGAUCCGGUGUUAUCCCGUCACAGCCUUAUUCAAAUAUGAAAAGCGAAGACAACGAGGACGAUGGCUGUGUUGACGAAGAUGAUGAAGACGAUGAUGAAGAUGAGAAUGAUGUGGAGCAACCUUCGAUUGCAAAUAUAAAAAAGAUAAACAAUAACAAUGGUUGUGAUCAAAUUUGUCAACCAACUGACGAUGAUAAACAGAAGUUUGAUCAAAUUGACAUUCAAUCAAAUGUGAGAUUUGUUGUUGAACCACAGUCUACAUUUGGUAUUCAUCCUCGAAAUUCAAUAAAUACUGUAACAGAAACUCAUAUGAGACCGGUAAGCUCAAUGAGUUUACCACCUAAUUCACUAAUUUCAUCACUAAACACAGUGGAAAAUGAAUAUUUGCCUCAUAUCCAACCUGUUCUUGUUUCUCACAUAUCAACUACAAAACCUAAUUCCCCCUCUAAUUCCCAACUAAUUCAUUAUCCCAGAUCAUCACACCAACCAAGUCUCUGCUCCUCCUCAGUUUCUCCAUUCACCUGUAAUAAUAGUGUUAUAAACUCAAAGGCAUUGUUUACUAAUUUACCAAAAUCAACUAGCCAUCCUCCUGAUCACGUAAAUAAUAUUUUGGUAUCAAAACAAUCUUCUAUGCCCUACAUUAUUCAACAUUCAUCUAAUAAUCAAAUAACAUUACCAGUAGAUUGUGCAAAUUUCAAUGAUACACAUUUAGUUGACGAUAAUACUUAUAUGAAUACAUCGUUAAAUCAUUCUUUCCCGCAUACAACUGUUAUGAAUUCAAAUACAUCGGAAAAUUACUCUCCUAUUAAUAAUACAGGUCAAAUGCAGUGUACAUUAUUAACACCAACACCGUAUACUCAAGAUUUAAAAGUUGACCAACCUAUAUUUAUUUUAUCAUCUGUUGUAUCCAAUAAUCAUUCUAAUCAAAAUGUAUUAAAUACAAAUCUGACCUCCUCAGUGAAUAUGGAACCUGAACUAGCUGUCAAACUUGGACCUCAAGAUUUGCCACACUUAAGUAAUAGACAUAACUACUCUGAUUCAUGUGAACAACACGGACAAAUGGAUGAUUAUAGAAGUGGUGUAUACGAAAAUCUUGUCAAUCACUUCACAACAAAUCCAAUUACUAAUAUAGAUAAACCUAUCAUCACUGCUGCAACUAAUAGUCCGCUUACUACACCUGUGCCCCCUAAUAAACAUUAUGUUAUUUCACAACAAUGUAUGAAUUCCAAUUAUAAUUUAUCAUCGGAAUCAAUGGUAAUUAUUCAGAAAAUCGAUGCACCUACUCAAACAGCAUUACCUGAUAUUGUUGAUUUAGAUUGUCUACCAUCAGCUUCAAUACCGUCAACAUUAUUGUGUAAGACUAUAACAGUGACAAAGUCAGAUGUUAGUUGUAUGAAUCAUGUCAAUCAUCUAAACAGUACUAGUACUAGUACUACUAAUACUACUACUAGUAAUAGUAAUGAUAACAAUGACAGCAACAAAAAUGUUACACAAAAUUCCUGUGAUGAAUUAAAUAUGGAAGAAGAAAAUUCACAGCAAAAAGAACAAAAACAGUCACAGAAUCAGUCACGUCAAAAAAGAAUGCCAGCAUUGAAACAUUUGAAAUUACCAUCAACUUGUAGUUCGACAGUUUUACGACAAACUAGCAUACCAAACGGAUAUUUUUUGUCAACACCGGAAGUGAUCAAUGAACUUGGUCGUUUAGAUGGUCAUCGAAAUAAUAAUAAUAACAAUGGUAAUUCCUCGACAGAUUCUCCAGAUACUCAUCAUCCACUUUGGCAUACUUUUUCUCCUGCUAAUAUAUUUUACCGGUUAGGAUUACAUCAGGUUUUAUCAUUGUCACCAGCUCCUCCAACAUCUCGAGAGCCUCCUUUAUUUCCUCUUAGUCACAGUCCUCCUACGCCUACUUCCAUGCCAUCAUCAUCGUCAUUAUCUAAUAUAAACGCUGAAAAUCAGAAUUCAUUAAUUACUCAACCUGUACUUGUUAGUCAAUCAUCAUGUAUAAAUAUGGAUACGAUUUCAGCAUAUUGUGAAUCUGAAUCUCAAAACUCACCUAAUGUGCUUCCGAAAUAUGCUAAACGAUCGAAAUACUCAUGA